GUUACUUUGGUUUAUUCUGACGGUACAGCUGCGGUCACACAAUAAAAAGUGACUGGCAUCAUUUAGCAACAAAAAACGCGAAUAGCGUCAAAAACAUUGUUUUAACGUUGUUUUAAAUUAAUAAAAGCACACACAAUGUCUGCACCAGAUAAGGAAAAGGAGAAAGAGAAGGAGGAGACCAACAACAAGGGCGAGGACUUGGGUCUCCUGGAGGAGGAUGAUGAGUUCGAAGAGUUUCCCGCCGAAGAUUUCCGUGUUGGCGACGAUGAGGAGGAGCUGAAUGUGUGGGAGGACAACUGGGACGACGACAACGUGGAGGAUGACUUUAGCCAGCAGUUAAAGGCCCAUCUGGAGAGCAAGAAAAUGGAAACGUAAACCGGCACCGACCCCUUUGUUCAGUCCUAACCAUAAAAACGAGCUGAGCUGUUUUGCAGUAAUAGAAUAAAAUCAGUAUAUUAAGUGGAA